AUGUCGGACGCAUUCCACUCCCAGCAGGUCAACGGCCAUGCUUUCGCCACCUCCUCUAACACAGAGCUGCCGCCCAAGACAGAAGCGAGCUUCAACCCACCCAAGCUAGAACAUCCCCAUUCCACCGUCGUGCCGCCUACAGCAGAGCCCCUCUCGAGCGUUGGCAUCCAGCCCGCCGGUCUCCUCUCCGAAGUGCAGUCCCAUCAGCCUCACACCAACGAUGUACCAGCAGCAGCAGCAGCGACAACGGCAUCCGCUCCGCACCACCCACCCCCGGCCAACUCCAACAACGUCGAUGUCAAGCCCUACGACGGCCCCAUCGAUGUUACCCCCGCCCAGCUCAAGUUCGCCCAGAGCACCCUCAAGUCGCUCAAGAGUCGACGCGAGGCAAUCGCAUUCCUCCAGCCCGUCGACCCCGUCGCUCUCGGCAUCCCCCAGUACCCGGACAUCAUCACAAAGCCAAUGGACUUUGGCACCAUCGACAUCAAGCUCGCACUCACCGCCCUCGUCCUCCGUCCCAACUCGAAGCCAGGCGACAAGGCAAAGUCGGCUCCCCAAUGGGGCCUAGACCCGGCCAAGGACGUCUAUCGCCGCGUCCAAGACUUCGAGGCAGACGUGCGCCAGGUCUUCUUCAAUUGCGCCACCUUCAACGGCCCAGACAGCCCCUACACCCACAACGCUCGCGUAUUGGAGGCCGCGUUCGACAAGUACAUGAAGGACCUCCCAGCAGCCGCCGCCGUAUCCGCACAGUCUUCCGACGCCGGCGGCGCACGCGCUCGUCGUCCUUCCAACCCGGUGCCCACCAUCCGACGUUCGUCUUCCGACGUCGGCGGCCGUCCCAAGCGGGAGAUCCACCCUCCGCCGCCCAAGGAUCUGCCGUGGGCCAGCGAGCCCCAGAGCGCCUCGUCGUCCGAGCAGCGCAAGGCAGCUCGCCGCAAGCUCGCCAAGAAGGCGGGCAGCCUCUCGGCUCGCGAGCAGGCGCACUACGCAAAGGUGGCCCAGGACGAGCUGCGCUUCUGCACGCGCGUCAUCGACGACCUGCUCAAGCCCACCUACUCGAACGUCGCCUGGGUCUUCUACGACAAGCCGACCAUGGACUUUGACUGGGCCCCGGCGUACUUCCAGAUGAUCAAGAAGCCCAUCGCGUUGCGCGACGUGCAGAAGAACGUGCGCUCGGGCGUGUACGCCGACGCCGACGAGUUCAACGCCGACAUGCAGCUGCUCUUCCAGAACUGCUUCACCUUCAACCCCCCGGGCUCGGACGUGCACAACAUGGGCGAGCAGCUCAAGUCGGUGUACCAGGACAAGAUGGCGCGCAAGCCCGCGCCGGCGCCCUUGCCCGACUACGAGGAGAGCGACGUGGACGAGGACGAGGAUGCGGACGAGGACGAGGACGAGGUGGAUCCCGAGUUUCUGGCGACGCUGCAGGCGCAGAUCUCGCAGCUGGCGAGCACCUUGGCCAUGCUCGAGGGCGCCAAGAACCAGAACGCCGACCUGAUCGCCAACACCAAGGCCAUGCUGGCGUCGCUGCAGGAGAGCUACGCCAGCUCGGGCGGCUCAAAGAAGAGCAAGAGCAAGGGCGGCGCCGGCACGAAGCGGAAGGCGUCGGAGGGCGGAGCUGCGGCGAACCGCAAGAAGAGCAAGGCCAAGGGCGCGAGCAGUCCAGCGGCGGCGGCGUCUGCGUCUGCCGAGUACGUGCCAGCCAAGAAGGCCAAGGCGGCGGGAGCGGGCAACAAGAAGAAGCAGGCGGCGUCGAGCGGCAGCGGCAGCGGCAGCGCCAAGAAGGCGACGUCGAGCCGGCGCGACGACAACAGCGACGAGGACAUCCGCACGGUGACGUACGAGCAGAAGGAGGAGCUUGCGGCCAAGAUCACGGAGCUGAGCGAGGAGCGUCUGGACGGGGCGAUCCGGAUCAUCAACGAGGACAAGCCGCCGAACCAGAACGACGAGGAGGAGAUUGAGCUCGACAUUGACGAGCUGUCGGCCAAGACGCUGUACAAGCUGUACAAGUAUGUGGUGCGACCCAAGAAGGUGGCGGCGGCGGUGAACAAGAACAGCAAGUCGGCGCCGCUGGACGGACGCAAGCGCGGUACGGGAGGCAUCAAGAAGAAGAAUCUGGACGAGGGGGAGGAGGCGGAGCGGAUUGCGCGGCUGCAGCAGCAGCUGGAGCAGUUUGGCAAUCCGGAUGCCAUGGGCUCGGGCGGAGGAGCGGCGGGCGGUCACGACGAUCUGGUGCACUCGGAGAGCUCGUCGGACGAGAGCGGCUCGGAUUCGGACUCGGACUGA